AUUCACAUCGAUGAAGACUGUUUGUUCGUGAUUGGGCUUUCGACUGUCGACCAUGGAACCGAAUCGUCUGCCUCCCCCUCCCAAGCUCGGAUCCUUCCAUUACACCUUCGAGCAGCGGAGCAAGGAGCGCCUCCUCUCUUCCACCCUCUUCCCCAACCUCGACGAUGAGCUCUUCAACCCGCCGCGCGGUUGCUUCCGGCGCCUCUCCGACGGGGCCGCCGCCGCCUGGAAAGGCCUCCAAGGCCUCGCCCUCAAGGGCUGGGAGUUCGGCCGAUCCGAUCCGCGCAAGGUGGUGUUCGCCGCCAAGAUGGGCCUCGCCCUCACCAUCGUCGCGAUGCUUAUUUUCUUCCAGGUGCCAUUCCGCGACCUCUCCAAGCACUCCGUCUGGGCGAUCCUCACCGUCGUCGUCAUCUUCGAGUUCAGCAUAGGUGCAACACUAAGCAAGGGUUUUAAUCGGGGUUUAGGAACGUUGCUUGCUGGAGGCCUUUCUCUAGGGGCUGCAGAAAUAUCAACAGUCACUGGAAAUUGGGAAGAAGUGAUUAUCAUCAUUUUUAUCUUUGUUGCCGGUUUUCUUGCAUCCUACAUAAAGCUAUUCCCCAAAAUGGCACCAUAUGAAUAUGGAUUUCGAGUUUUUUUACUCACGUUUUGUUUCAUUCUAGUGUCUGGAUACAAAACACGGGAAUUUGUUGAGACUGCUGUGAGUCGGUUUUUUCUGAUUGCACUUGGUGCUGGUGUUGGUUUGGGGGUAAAUAUUUGCAUUUAUCCAAUCUGGGCAGGAGAGGACCUACAUAACCUAGUAGCAAAGAACUUCAUAGGCGUGGCUAAGUCUUUGGAAGGCUGUGUCAAUGGGUAUCUUCAGUGUGUUGAAUAUGACAGAAUUCCUUCCAAAAUCCUUACUUACCAAGCUUAUGAUGAUCCUAUGUACAGUGGGUACAGGUCUGCUGUUCAAUCAACGAGUCAAGAGGAUUCUCUUUUAGCUUUUGCUGGCUGGGAGCCCCCACAUGGUCUUUAUAAGAAGUGGCGGUAUCCUUGGAGCUCCUAUGUUAGAGUUAGUGGUGCACUCAGGCAUUGUGCCUUUAUGAUUAUGGCCCUGCAUGGUUGUGUACUUUCAGAGAUUCAGGCUCCACCUGAAAGCAGACAAAUCUUUAGGAACGAGCUGAAGCGAGUUGGCAUAGAGGGUUCUAAAGUAUUGCGUGAGCUUGGAGAUCUAUUCAAGAAAAUGAGAAGACUAAGAAAACCAAAUUUUCUUUUUGAAGUCCAUGAGGCAGCUGAGGUGUUGCAGAAGAAGAUAGACCAGAAAUCUUAUCUUCUAGUGAAUUCAGAAAGCUGGGACGCCGUGGAGCUCCCCGAUGGAAUGAAAUGGAUGUUAAACAGACCCAACACAGAAGGUGAGAACAAAUCAGAACUAGCCCAUGAUUAUCGACCGCCGCCACUGUCAGCCAGUUAUGGUGCCCACAACUCUAUCACUAGUGACAUGGGUUCUGUGCACAAGAUGGACUCUUUGCUGAAGAGGCAGAUGCAAUGGCCCUCGAGGCAAUCAUUUCUCACAGAAGCCGUGCCAGGUCCGCAAGAAUCAAGAACCUAUGAAAGUGCUAGUGCACUGUCAUUGGCAACCUUUGCGUCUCUACUUAUUGAAUUUGUUGCGAGGCUUCAGAAUUUGGUGGAUGCCUACGAGGAGCUAUGUGAAAAAGCUAAUUUCAAAGAACCUGUAGAUGAACCAGCAUCAGAGACCGCUGGCCAUAGGCUAUGGACAAGAGUUAAGGAGCAAUUUUACAAGACAAAGGAAUUAGUUUAGAUACUCAAGGAUUUUGUUGGCUGCAGAAAGUUAAAAGGGUGGUCGUUUGCAGUUGGAUCAAUUCAAUUAACUGAUCCAAUGCGUUUGGGCUCAAAAAUUACGGCGCGGACAAGCACACCAAUGGAUGCGCACCAAAGAACUACGGUACCGUCCAGUGUUUUCAAAACCGUUAAUUAGACGUCAACGUAAGAAAUCACAAAAAAUGGAGAAGCUCAUGAUUUAUGCGCGUGUUUAAAAUGAAAUAUAAGGAACAUUAUAAAGAAUGAAUGUGAAUGCAAUAAAAAAGGAGUGAUCUGCUUUGUCUUUGUUUGGUUGCUGUCUACUAUAUGGCGUGUUGAUUUUAAUUAUUAGAGAUGUUUGUUAAUUGGCAAAGUCACAUGCCUUGUAAAGUACGCAUUGCCAGAAAGGUUACUUAGUAUUUUAGUA